GAAAAUAGCUUACCAUCCCACCCGUAGAAGCCAUUGUACUAACGGGGACCGUACUGAGCGCUACAGACGCGAAUGCUCUAAUUGCGUGUUAAACUGUUGUUGUUUUUUUUAUCAGAGUGUUAAUGCCCGAGCAGCAGUAUAGACUUGAACGGUGAAAAUAAAGAGUGUCGUCGAGGAAGGAAUACAAGACGUUUGCACAGGCCGAACGACGACUGUAUUUUUUUCACCACGGACGUUAACGUUACGCUUGGAGGAAUUCAACCGACGUUGCUAGACAGCGGAAGAGGAAAAGCCGGCGCCGAAUUCCGUACCAAUUUCAUAUUUCCUCUAGAUAUUUGUUUUACACUCCGUGCUCGGCUUUUCUCUUAGGUCUGUGCCCUUAUUUAGAUGGCAAGCUUUCCAGACUCUAUAAACCAAAAUGAUAUAGGUAAGGCAAAGUUCAUCGGUGAACUCCUGGUGCCUGUUGCUCCCUUUGACCAGAAGUCUGGGCGCGAGGCUUGGACAGUAGCUUUUGCACCCAAUGGUUCCUACUUUGCUUGGUCUCAGGGGCAUCGCAUUGUCAGGCUCAUUCCCUUGGCAAAAUGUCUGAAGAGCUUUUCUGUGGGCAAAGCUGGAGAGUCCACCAAUGCCUCGAGCCCGGGUUGUUUGUCUCGUCAGAACAGCAGCGGAGGCCAGGUAAUCCCAGCUGCCGACGAGCCCCGCGAACACACCAUCGACUGCGGUGACACCGUCUGGGGCCUGGCCUUUGGCUCCUCGGUGCCGGAGAAGCAGAGCCGCUGUGUUAACAUUGAGUGGCACCGCUUCAGGUUCGGUCAGGACCAGUUGCUUCUGGCAACAGGCCUCAACAAUGGUCGCAUCAAGAUCUGGGAUGUCUACACUGGAAAACUGUUGCUGAAUCUGAUGGACCACACUGAUGUAGUGCGAGACUUGACCUUUGCUCCUGAUGGCAGUAUUGUGCUGGUCUCUGCAUCCAGAGAUAAGACCCUCCGUGUGUGGGACCUUAAAGAUGAUGGUAACAUGGUGAAGGUUCUGCGGGGGCAUCAGAACUGGGUGUACUGCAGCGCCUUCUCCCCUGACUCGUCCAUCCUGUGCUCGGUCGGCGCAGGCAAAGCAGUGUUCCUAUGGAACAUGGAUAAGUACACGGUGAUGGGAAAGCUGGAGGGGCACCACAAUGAUGUGGUGUCUUGUGAGUUUUCACCAGAUGGGGCGCUAUUGGCCACCGCCUCUUAUGACACCCGGGUCAUCGUGUGGGACCACCACAAGGGCACCAUUCUGCUGGAGCUGGGCCAUCUCUUCCCUCCUCCAUCACCCAUUUUUGCUGGAGGGGCAAAUGACCGCUGGGUUCGCUCUGUGAGCUUCUGCCCUGACGGCCGCCACAUUGCCAGCAUCACUGAUGACAGGCUGGUUCGUUUCUGGAGCAUCGAGGAAAGGGCUCCUCAGGCCAUCGCCUCUCUGUCCAACGGCCUCUGCUGUGCCUUUUCCGCUGAAGGGAGUGUCCUUGCUGCUGGGACUCGUGACGGCGGUGUGCACUUCUGGGAGUGUCCCCGCAGCGUUGGCAGUCUGCAGCACAUGAGCAGGAUGUCUCUCCGCCGGGUGAUGAGCACCCAGCAGGUGGAGGCCCUGGCCAUCCCCACGCCGCUCCGCGACUACCUGACCUACAAAGUCAUCUAACCCACAGAGCCAACUGUUCCCGUCGCAGCAUCAUCUGGCUGAAAAAAAACAAACAAUGAAUUAUUUUCUGAAAAAUAAAUCCCUUUUACACAGACCUUUUGUUGAACAAACAAAAUCAACCGGGAAAGGAGGAACAGUUACGUCUUCCUACUACAAAAAAACAAACAGAGCCACCUGGGCUCAAACCCCCCACCACCUCCACUCAUAGCAGGAUAUUCUGUUGCUUUUGUAAAUAUUUAUUUUUGUAAGUACUUUAGUGAAUGAGCGUGCUCUACACCUGUAGGGUCAGGUUAUUUCGGGGGCGGGGGGGACCGUCCCCUCCGUCACAUCAGUGUGGAACCUGUAAGUGUUCAGGCCUCUUCCAGCUGGCUCCAGCUCUCCACCAGGUUCAGUAAACCCUUCAUCUUUUCUUCUGACUUUGAAAUGGCUGUUGCCCUUAAUGGGAGAAGCUUUGGCAGCGUUGCUUGCCCUUAAUGUCAGGGCUUCUGUUUGGAAGUGGUUGAAAAACGACAUGAGAGCCGUUAUUGUUCUUCUCUUAGCUUUGAACAUUUCUCUGAAACAGUAUUCACACAGUCGUGGCACACUCACAGUAUUUAUUUUUUUUUAUUCCUAUACAGAGACAACAUUUUCCGUUGAGUGAUCCAACACAGUGUGUUAGCUAGUUUAAUUUAAUUUCUGCUGUUUGGUCACACCAGACCGAAUCGGGCACAGUGAGAGUGCUCCGUUAGAAGUGGCACCAGAAGCUAGCUAUCAAACUAGCUCCUUCAGUCCUGAGCCAGAGUGAGAAAUGGUUCAGGCAGAUAUUUUGGCACAUUUUUGGGUCAUUGCAGAUAUGUUUGUAUUGCUGUAAAUGUCAGCUGGUAAAUAACGAGAAAUGUUAAGUACAGAAAUGGCAAAGAUUUUUUGGGAAACAGUGUUCAAAAUUCUUGGAUUAUUUUUUUUUAACUCAAAUAUCAAUAUCUGUAUUGGCCUCAAACAUCCUGUAUUGGUCAGGGGAACCGAUGUGUUUGAUUGGUUUCCCGUAGAUCACCAGAACACGGGCUAAAAUGAUCUCCAUCACAGUAUGACUGCUUUCAGACAUCUACACCUUGUGAACUUUCGACUGACAGAAACCGGUUGGAGUUGGUUGACCGUUCAAAUUUCUCACGUCAAAGUUCAGCAUCACAACAUUGCUAUUGAUUAAAUUAGUUAAAUUAGGUGCAAUGUAUUUUGCCGUUUAUAAAUACAUGCGUUACUAGACCCUUAAGAGACCCGGUGGCAGGAAAUGAGAUUAGUAGUGGAGGUAAACAAUGCAGGCUCCAAAUUGUCUAAAAUCACCUUUGCAAAGUAUUUGAGGACUGAAUGAGUUCAACGCAUCCGUCGGGCCACACGGAUACACACGGUGUGGUGUGGUGAGAAACGCUGAAUGUAAACUCAUUCAGGGGUAAAACAGCCACUGAUAUGUGCUACCAGCCAAACUACACUAGCUCAGUCUCGGUAAAUUGCAAACCAACAAUUUAUCCAACCCUGACUUGAUGCCGGUGUAGCCCACCCACAAAUGUCUAACUGGUGACACAAAGGGCAUGUGUGUGUGGUACAAGUACAAAGCCUUGAGACCGGUGUUUGAUGGUUUCACACUAAAGCAAAGCACCUCUCCUGCUGUACGCAGACAAACCUGUACACAGUUCCAUGAGAUAUGUAUGUGUAUAUAUUCAUUUGUAUCAUGUCUAUAAACAAUUGUUGAGCUUUUUUUUUCCAGUUUGUCAUUUAUACCCAGUUCUUCUGUUGAACAUGUGUGUUUUUUUUUUUUUUUUUUUUGAUCUCCGUUAAAUGUGAAAAUGUCUGCCAAUAGGCUAACUACACUUUUUACUGCUAAAGCCCUGAAAGACGAGGUGUGUUACAAUUACAUUUACAGGUCAGCUUCAGACUGGAAGUGUCACUGGCCUGUCACUACUUUUUGCAGCAUGUAGGAAUGCCAGUAAGGGAUUCCAAAAACCCUGAAAGUAGUCAAAAGCUGCCAGCCUUGGGCCAGCUGCUGUUAAAAUGUUCCCUCUUGAUAGAAAUGUAUACACGUAAUGGUCCACAUUGACCCUUUAACAUUCUUAGAAUCUUGUGUUCCUUGAACAUCCAUUUUCAUUGUGUGUCAGUGAUAUGAGAUGUAAAGAACGGAAAGUGAACUUUUAGUGUUUUUUUUGUUUUUAGUGUCUCUGUAGGAAGAGGGGCGCAGAACCGCUGUCAAUCAUCCUUGGCAAUACGUUUUCUGACAGUCAGUGCUAAUGCCAAAGCUUUUCCUUUUCAGAUCAUUCAUAAUUUUCUGCUGAGAUGUGGAGCUUGUCUCAUGAAUGGGCUGCAGUGCUUAGUUCUCUAUACAGAACCUUAAUGGAUUUGCAUUACAUGUUUGUAUACCUGUUACCAUUAUGAUUGGAAAAAAACAGGCUUGCCUCAGUGAGAUGCAGUUUAAAGCGGUUGAAUACAUCAAACAUGUAUAUGAAUGUAUGAUGUUCAUUUUCUUUUUCUUUUUUUUUGUUUAUUUGUCCCUUUCAAUAAAGGCUUUUUGACAAAAUAA